AAUAAUAACGGGCACUUCAUAGCGCAAGAAACUAACUGAAGUUUACGCGUACUACCUUUCUGUUUGUCCGGUACUUUACACUACUUAGUUACUUAAACAGGUUUCAGUGAGGUUACUUUUUAUCGUCAAAAGAAGAAAUUGGUAUCACAGAAUAAUUAUAAUGAUGCUUUUAUGGGUUAUCUGCGCGUCUCUGAUCACGGUGCCGCUGUUGUGUGACGCACGCAUCACCAAGCGCUACGUGAUCGGCUGUCCAGAGCGCUGCGAUAAGAGUUUAUGUCCGCCGGUACCGGCCGACUGCCUCGUCGGAGACAUCCUGGAUCAGUGCGACUGCUGCCCGGUGUGCGCGUCCGGUGAAGGCGAGCCCUGUGGCGGCACGGGGAAACUUGGAGACCCGGAGUGUGGAGAGGUUCUGGAGUGUGUGGUGUCUGACGGAGUCGAAUCCACGGCCACGGUGAGGAGGAGAGGGAAGAGCGGCGUGUGCGUGUGUAAGAACCCGGACCCGGUUUGCGGGAGUGAUGGAGUGUCCUACAGAAACAUCUGCGAGCUCAAGAGAGUCAGCAACCGGGCGCAGAAACUUCAGCAGCCGCCGGUCAUCUUCAUUCAGAGAGGAGCCUGCGGGAAAGGUCAUGAGGAGAAUCCAGAUAGCCUCCGGCACAAAUAUAACUUCAUCGCUGAUGUGGUGGAGAAGAUCGCUCCAGCUGUGGUUCACAUCGAGCUGUUCAGGAAGAUGGUGUUCUCCAAGCGGGAGGUGGCAGUGGCCAGUGGCUCUGGUUUCGUAGUGUCUGAAGAUGGUCUGAUUGUAACUAACGCUCACGUUGUGGCCAACAAGCAUCGGGUGAAGGUCGAGCUGAAGACCGGCGCCACCUAUGAUGCCAAAAUUAAAGACGUGGAUGAGAAAGCCGACAUCGCCCUCAUCAAGAUAGAUGCUCCGAUGAAACUUCCAGUGCUGCUGUUGGGCAGAUCAGCUGAUCUGAGACCAGGCGAGUUUGUGGUGGCUAUCGGCAGUCCGUUCUCUCUUCAGAACACGGUGACCACGGGCAUCGUCAGCACAACCCAGAGGGGCGGCAAAGAGCUGGGACUGCGUAAUUCCGAUAUGGACUACAUCCAGACUGACGCUAUUAUCAAUUAUGGUAAUUCAGGAGGACCCUUGGUGAACCUCGACGGUGAAGUGAUCGGGAUCAACACGCUGAAGGUGACAGCGGGGAUUUCUUUCGCCAUUCCCUCUGACAAGAUCCGACAGUUCCUGGCUGAGUCCCACGAGAGACAAUCUAAAGGAAAAACCGCCACGAAGAAGAAGUACAUUGGUGUGAGGAUGAUGACGCUAACCCCAACACUUGCUAAGGAGCUAAAGGACAGACAGAGUGAUUUCCCAGAUGUGACCUCUGGAGCUUACGUCAUUGAAGUUAUCCCAAAAACCCCCGCUGAAGUGGGCGGUCUGAAAGAGAGCGAUGUCAUAAUCAGCAUCAACGGUCAGAGGAUCACAUCAGCCAGCGAUGUCAGCACGGCCAUCAAGAAAGACGAGACUCUGAGGACAGUGGCACGACGGGGCAAUGAGGACGUCAUGCUCACCAUCAUUCCUGAGGAGAUUGACCCUUGACCUCCCUCACGCUCAUCCAUGAGCUGGCUCUCAGACUUUGACUGAGUGUGUGUGCAGAGCAUCACAUGAAUCUGUAGUACAUACUUGAACACCCCAACGUCACCCAGCCUGAAGCGCUAAGGACAGAAAAUGACCUUUAUCACAGAGUCAUUUUCCAUCUAUCUGUAUGUUGUACUGUUUGAAAACGAGCCCUUUGUAAAUAUAUACAAGAGUUAAAAUGUAGUACCGGCUAGUUAAUUGAUAUACUGUACAUGUAUAUUAUUUGUUCCUCGUGUAUUCAUCAGCAAGACAAAUGUGUGUAUUCAACUUUUUUACAUUAACACUUAAAUCUAAAACUUGACAUGAAAAUGAAUAUGAAGAGAACAGAGCGCAAAAGAAGUAAAUAUCCCAUGUGUUUCCUCCAUAGAGUCAAGGAUUUUUAGCAAUGACCUUUCGACAAACAGUAAUUCUACCGUAAGCUCUGAUAUGUUAAAUCAUCGUCAUUUCAGCUUCGUUUAGAAAUAAAUAUUUCAUAGUAGAAAUUGACACUAUUCAGAAUCCUACCUGCACGUGCACAGGAUUGUGGGAUAUGCCUUCAAAAAUCAAGCAUGAAGGUAUGUCAGGAGACAGUAAGCAAGGCAAGCAUUAGAUUCUGCCGUUCCCUGAUGCCGUUUGACCUUGGACUGUAUCCUCAGAAGGCGUCUUUCAGCUGUCACACGCAGCCGGACCACUUUUUAAAACUGGAACGGGGUGUUAGCGACUCUGUUUAAUCUCCAACUAUAAAAUCUCCAACUAAUACAGUAUGUUUGUAUGGGCUAUAGUAUAUCUGAAUAUUUUGGCACUUGCUUUGAACAUUAUCUUAUCUCUCAAUAACUUCUCUUCCUUUUUGUGUCUGUGUGUCUGUCAGACGGCGAUUUCAGAAACGGAAUAAAAGAAGGGACAUUUUUAAAGUGUUUUUGUAUUCUAGCGUUUUACUACAAACAUGAACAACACAGUAGACUCCUUAAAUCUUGCCUUUAUACAAAAUGUUUUGAAUCAGGGCGGCUGUGCUUACUCGAGUCCUUUACCCAUUCUUUUGCCAAACUGUCAAAAAAUUCCAAUUCGAUUGAAAGACUGUAUAAUCACUUCCUGUCGUGUUUGGAUAUCAUGCUUGCAUACACAUUAAAACCUUUG